GCCGUACAUAAUUUAAGCAUCUGUAUUUAUACCCAAAGUCAAAGGUCCUAAUAGUCGAACACUUAAACAAAUUUUGUCUAAUCAAUUUUUUAAGUUAUACAGCAAGCAUUAGCAAAACAAGCUUACAAUAUACUGCAUGUAUAGUACUACAAGAUUUUGCUUCAGUUUUGUCGUAAGUUGAAUCACACAAGUGCAUAUAAAUAAGUCUUGCAUCCAUCUACUCAAGUUUAGUUUAUCUUAUAGAAUCAGAACGGGAACAUUAGCUUUCAAUAAGUUGCUGCUUACGAAAUGGCAAAAAUUUUGAAAGAGUUUUUAGAAGAGUCAAUAGUGAUUUUUUGGAUAAUUUCCUUAGUGUCAUGCCAAUUAAGCUCAUUUCCUGAAGAUUUUAAGUGGGGAGUCGGUACAUCAAGCUAUCAAAUUGAAGGUGGCUGGAAUGCUGAUGGAAAAGGGGAAUCAAUUUGGGAUCAUUUAACUCACACCCAGUCAGAAAAGAUUGUAGACCAGAGUAAUGGUGACGUCUCGACGCAUAGUUAUAAGCAUUGGAAACGUGAUAUAGAAUUAGUUCGAGAAUUAGGUGUUGACAUUUAUCGAUUUUCAAUCUCAUGGCCAAGAAUAUUACCAAAUGGAUAUAAAAAUUACAUCAACAUAGCUGGGAUCGAGUACUAUAAUAAUAUCAUUAAUGAGCUGCUUGCAUACAAUAUAACCCCGAUGAUUACUAUUUAUCAUUGGGAAUUGCCACAGAAACUUCAAGACGGACUCGGUGGAUGGACAAAUCCUGAGAUAAUUGAUGUCUAUGCUGAUUACGCGAAAAUUUUAUUUGAGCAGUUUGGUGAUCGAGUCAAGAUGUGGACGACAUUUAAUGAACCUUGGCAUAUCUGUGAACAGUCGUACGGACAAGACUACAUGGCGCCAUCCUUUGAUAUUCCGGGAAUUCCUUCUUAUUUAUGUGGCCAUAAUUUGCUGAAAGCACAUGCUAAAGUUUAUCACAUGUACAGGCAUAAAUUUAAACAUCAGAAAGGUACGAUAGGUAUAACUGCAGACAUUAUUACGCCUCAUCCAUUAAAGCAUAAUGCAAAUGAUUACGAAGCGGUCGAGAGAAGCUUUCAGUUUUAUAUUGGCUGGUUUAUGCAUCCAAUUUACUCCAAAAUAGGAAAUUAUCCAAAGAUAAUGAUUGAACGAAUUAAGGAACUGAGUCGUCAACAGGGUUUUUCAAAGUCUCGAUUGCCGUCAUUUACUGAUCAUGAAAUAAAAAUGAUUCAGAAUACGUCAGAUUUCUUUGGAAUUAAUACGUAUACGUCGUUCCUAGUUACACUUAAUGAUGAUGAUAAAAAUCCAGCUAAAUAUCGUGUACCAUCGUUUCCACAUGACAUGGGAAUUAUUGAGUCACAAGAUAUAAACUGGGAGAAAAGUGGAUCGUCUUGGCUUAGAGUACAUCCACAAGGAAUACGCCACAUGUUAAAUUGGAUACGAAAAGAAUAUGACAAUCCCGUCGUUUACAUAACAGAGAAUGGUGUGAGCGAUAAAGGAGGAUUGAAUGACGUAAAACGUGUCGAGUAUUUCAAUUCAUAUUUAACAUCUAUUUUAAACGCAAUAAAUGAUGGAUGUAAUGUCAGAGGCUAUAUUGCGUGGAGUUUAAUGGAUUCUUAUGAAUGGAAAGCUGGAUAUUCUGAAAAAUUUGGUCUUUAUCAUGUCAAUUUUGAAUCACCUGACAAAACCAGAACACCGAAAAUGUCAGCAAAAGUGUACAAAAAUAUUGUAAAGACGCAUGAAAUUGAUUCUAAUUACAUGCCGUAUAUUGAUGACAAAUCAGGAGCUACGUCACUUAAAUUGUCAAUUCCAUCAACGAGUAUUUUAAUCAUUUUAAAUGCUUUGAAUGCUGUCAUGAGGUAAAAUCGUCAAUUGACUUUUAUUUGUAUACAUUGUUGCAAUGCUUGAUAUUGUCACAUUUUAUAAAUGCAAUAAAAUUUGCGUCUGAAGGACAUAGGGAACACAAAAUCGUUAACUUUCGUUAAUUUUAUCAAAAUCGAUUAUAAUUUUUUUAUGAUUUGGUACAAAUUGUCGGUAUUUGAUGCCUGCUGCAUCUAAAAGUCUCUUUGAGGCAACUGUAUGUGGUUUUUCAGCAUGCUUGUCAGAACAAAAAACCACUUCCUUAAUUCGUGAUUGAAUUAUAAUUUUUGAGCACUCGUUACAUGGAAAUAAGGCAACAUAUAAGGUACAGCCUUUGACAUCGAUACUAUUUUUGUUGAGAAUUGCGUUAACUUCAGCAUGACAUACAUACAUGUACUUAUUUUUUAGUGGAUCAUCAGAAUUCUUUGACCAAGGAAAAGUGUCAUCGCUGCAUUUUAUGGGCAAUCCAUUGUAUCCAAUUGCUACAAUUUUUUUGUCGUCGUCAACAAUGCAUGCACCAACUUGAGUCGCUGGAUCUUUACUUCUUUGUGCUGCCAAGAAUGCAAUCCCCAUAA